CAUCCCAUCGCAAAGCCCUCAAAACCAUGGCAGAAGAAGAGUAAGGCCAUCACCAUCACCACCUUUUCCACCACCACAAGGAAGGAGAAGAGAGCUCUGAUGUUGUCGACUACAAGAAAGAGAAGAAGCACCACAAGCACCUCGAACACCUUGGUGAGCUCGGUGCCGCCGCAGCCGGUGCCUAUGCUCUGCAUGAGAAGCACGAGGCGAAAAAAGACAGCGAACACAGCCAUGAGCACAAGAUCAAGGAGGAAGUUGGAGCGGCGGUGGUGGCCGGGGCCGCGGGAUUUGUGCUCCAUGAGCAUCAUGAAAAGAAGGAAGCAAAGAGAGAAGAGAAAGAGGAACAUCACCACCAUCUUUUUUGAAAAACUUUGCCUUUCAUAUUUAUAUAUGAUGGGGUUUAAUUGUUUGCUUUUCUUUUGGCUUUGUUUGUGAUGUUUUGGGUUUUAAGAGUUUAAUCUAUUAAGUGGUUUGUAAAAUAAAUUUGAAAUGCUCAAGCAAAUAAGAAGAUUGAGAAU